CCUGCGUACACGCGCGAACCCGCCGUGCCGAGGCUCGUGGAGCUCGCAGCCCUCCGCCAUGCCCUCCUACACGGUCACCGUGGCCACCGGCAGCCAGUGGUUCGCUGGCACCGACGACUACAUCUACCUCAGCCUCGUGGGCUCCGCCGGCUGCAGCGAGAAGCACCUGCUGGACAAGCCCUUCUACAACGACUUUGAGCGCGGCGCGGUUGAUUCUUAUGAUGUGACCGUAGAUGAAGAACUGGGCGACAUCCAGCUGGUCAAAAUCGAGAAGCGUAAGUAUUGGCUCCAUGAUGACUGGUACCUAAAGUAUAUCACGCUGAAGACGCCCUGUGGAGAUUACAUCGAGUUCCCUUGCUACCGCUGGAUCACUGGUGAGGGCGAGAUUGUCCUGAGAGAUGGACGUGCAAAGUUGGCCUGCGAUGACCAAAUUCACAUCCUCAAGCAGCACAGACGUAAAGAGCUGGAAACACGGCAAAAACAGUAUCGGUGGAUGGAGUGGAACCCUGGCUUCCCUUUGAGUAUUGAUGCCAAAUGUCACAAGGAUUUACCCCGAGACAUCCAGUUUGAUAGCGAGAAGGGUGUGGACUUUGUUCUGAACUACUCUAAAGCGAUGGAGAACCUGUUCAUCAACCGCUUCAUGCACAUGUUCCAGUCUUCUUGGAGUGACUUCGCUGAUUUUGAGAAGAUCUUCGUCAAGAUCAGCAACACUAUUUCUGAGCGUGUCAUGAACCACUGGCAGGAAGACCUCAUGUUUGGCUACCAGUUCCUGAAUGGCUGCAACCCAGUGUUGAUCCAGCGCUGCAAGAAGCUACCCGAGAAGCUCCCUGUGACCACAGAGAUGGUGGAGUGCAGUCUGGAGCGGCAGCUCACCUUGGAGCAAGAGGUCGAGCAAGGGAACAUCUUCAUCGUAGACUUUGACCUGCUGGAUGGUAUCGAUGCCAACAAAACAGACCCCUGCACUCUGCAGUUCCUGGCAGCACCCAUCUGCUUGCUGUACAAGAAUCUGGCCAACAAGAUUGUCCCCAUUGCCAUCCAGCUCAACCAAGUCCCAGGAGAUGAAAACCCAAUUUUUCUCCCUUCGGAUGCAAAAUAUGACUGGCUUCUGGCCAAAAUCUGGGUGCGCUCCAGUGACUUCCACAUCCACCAGACCAUCACUCACCUUCUGCGCACACAUCUGGUGUCUGAAGUCUUUGGCAUCGCCAUGUACCGCCACCUGCCCGCAGUGCACCCCAUUUUCAAGCUUCUGGUGGCACACGUGCGGUUCACCAUUGCCAUCAACACCAAGGCCCGUGAACAGCUCAUCUGCGAGUAUGGACUCUUUGACAAGGCCAAUGCCACAGGGGGCGGUGGACACGUGCAGAUGGUGCAGAGGGCCAUGCAGGACCUGACCUACAUCUCCCUGUGCUUCCCCGAGGCCAUCAAAGCUCGGGGAAUGGACAGCACAGAGGACAUUCCCUACUACUUCUACCGGGAUGACGGGCUCCUGGUGUGGGAGGCCAUCAAGACGUUCACGGCCGAGGUGGUAGGCAUCUACUACAAGAGUGACCAGAUGGUGGUAGAGGACCAGGAGCUGCAGGACUUUGUGAAGGAUGUUUAUGUGUACGGCAUGCGGGGCAAGAAGACCUCAGGUUUCCCCAAGUCCAUCAAGACCAGAGAGAAGCUGUCGGAGUACCUAACAGUAGUGAUCUUCACGGCCUCGGCCCAGCAUGCAGCGGUGAACUUCGGCCAGUACGACUGGUGCUCCUGGAUCCCCAAUGCCCCCCCAACCAUGCGGGCCCCGCCACCGACGGCCAAGGGUGUCGUCACCAUCGAGCAGAUUGUGGACACGCUGCCAGACCGUGGCCGCUCCUGCUGGCAUCUGGGCGCAGUAUGGGCACUGAGCCAGUUCCAAGAAAAUGAGGGCCACAAGAAAUGGUUUGCUUUUAAGCCAGAAGCAAUUUGAAGAUGGACUGGAUAAGGAGGGGAAGAGACAAGCAACCUCAAACUUGAUAGAAAAAAGUGGGGAAAGGAAGUACAGAUGGCUCUUAAAACAUGAAAAGAUGCUUAACCUCUCUUACAAUGAAAAAUAUAAAUUAAAACUACAUUGCAAUAUACCUGUUGUUGUUGUUUUAAUUACCUAAUACCCGUGUCGGCAAAAGUGUGGGAAAACAGCCAUGCUUAUACACUGCUGGUGGAAAAGCAAAUUGCUUAACUCCAUAAGAUGGCAAUUUGGCAAUUGCUCUCUAAAUUACAAUGCACAUUCACUUUGUUCCAGGAAUUCUUUCAGGAAUUCAUCCUCACACCUAUGCACAAAUAAGUUUGUUCAGCACUGUUUGUGGGAGAAAUUGCUUGGCAUAACUUCAGUGCCCAUGGGCCUGGGGUUGACUGAGUCAAUACUGGCACAUUGAUAGUACAACACUGGGUAGUCAUUAAAAGAAGGGAAAGGUACUAUUAUGCUCCAAACUGGGGACACAGAGGGAACAGGCAGAGGGGAGAGCCAUGCUAUGUGUGCUGGCCCACAUGGAAGGGUGCACACUUCAAGGCUCCUAAUAGUGAUUUGUUUCCUCUGAAACAUGGAAAGAGAUCAGGGACCCUGGGCAGGAGAAACAAGUACUUCAAUGGAGACCCUUCCCAACCAUUAUACCACUUUUACCAUGAACACUUAUUUCCUAAUAACAAAUUCAUUUUUAAAAUAACAUGUGAUUAAAAGUUUAAGAAAUAAAAUAAAACUACAGAAGCACAACCAACUGUUUUGAUUUUCCAACUCUGGGAAAAAUCAGUGAAGAAACUAAUUUACUG